ACGGCGAUCGGGUUAGUGACAGACAGAUGCAAUGCGAGUGAAGGAAAUGGCGGCUGAGCAGGACAAACGUUUCCCCUCCUAGAUUCUGCAAAAGCGUUACAUUCAUAUAGCCUUAUCAUCUGCUUUCAUUUGCGCUCUACUGCACUUUAAAACUUUAUGAGCGAAUUGGAUGCUGUUGUCACCAAAGACAUUGACGGAGAAGAAACAGGUGCCGUCCUCAAGCGAACUAGCUGUCAGUGAAAGCAGUGUACCAAGUUAAUGCCAGAACAUACGGAGUCCAGUUCCUGCCAGCCUCAGUCUGUCUAUCGCAAACAGCACCACCUCUGUCAAAUCCUGCGCCAUCAGCGAUGCCAACUGGCCCAGAGACCGCCAACGCCCGCCACAUCUCAGCCGGAAGCAACUGCUGAAAGUUUAGCGCCGUACCGCGGCCCUCGCCGCCACCCUGGGAACUCAAGUGCAGCUCACGUCCAUCCACCGAGGGAAGCAAAGCCCCGAGGGGCCUGAAGUAUACUGCACCAAAGCCCUCCUCUCAGGCAUGGCUCCCAUUCGGGACUCGGUCAGCCACUCCCCUAACCAAACAGGUUUGGAUCACGCUGGUCUGGACCCUCAAUAUGAGAAUUCACCCUGGAGCUCUGGCUCACCCUGCAGUGAUUCAAACAGUAACUGGGAAAAAGCGAAUGUAGACAGCUGUGAUAAGGGAGCCUGGACUUCCAUCACUGGUAGUGACCCAGAGCUGGCCUCAGAAUGUAUGGAUGCUGACUCUGUCUCCAGCUCAGGGUCCGAGAAAAACCUCUGCAUGAUGGCUUCUGGGAUCGCUGGUGGUGACAGCAAUGGCAAUAGGCAAGGCAGCAAUCAAGGUUCUCAUUUCAUGGUUGCAAAUGGCAGCAAUAAUGUGGCAAAUGGGAGUGUUAAGGGUCCUUGGGGCUCAGUGCUAAGCACAUGUCAAAGUUCUGGAGAGAGUGCCAGUGACAAGCUGGCAGAAGUUGGUCAUGGAAAAAUGAAUGCAUGGGGUACCCAAGUUCCCUCAACUAAUGGAGGUGUAAAUCCAAGCACUUUGAACCCAAAUGCCAACCAUGGUGCCUGGCCCGUUCUGCAGAAUGCUGGUCCCAACUCCCAUGUGCCUUUGGGCAAUGGGAACGGGGGAACUAACACUCAACGAAGCACCAUAGGUCAAAUGCCCAGCAUGCAGAGUGUUAACUCUAAGAUGUCCUGGGGAAGCCUGCAGGAAAAGGUGGUCGAAUCUGAAGCCAAUGGUACAAGCAAGGUUCUAAGUGGGCAGCCUCAAAACCUUAACACUGAAUUUAACGGACCAAAUAACACUACUAACCCUAUGACCUCUAGUUUACCAAACUCUACAGGUUCACUGCAGAUGAAUGAACGAUCCUGGCCUGUGAGCACAGGGGGCUCCCCUCAGCUCCAAACUACUCCUGUCUCUAAUGGCACUUCCAUUUCUCAGCAUGGCAACAGCGAGGGGAUGAACAGCGGGUCCUACGGUACAGCAUGGGGUGCUCCGCCCAGCACUACUUACUCUGGAGACAAAUGUUCUGUCCCAAAAGGCCAAGCUGUGGGCGACACUGUGAACGCAACUCUAAUGCAGUCUGGAGCUAAUGGAUCUUCUGUGAGUGCUGCUUCUUUCAAAAAUAAUAACAACGGGAUGGCCAGUUGUGGAGGAGGCUGGGACUCUCAGUCCACUGCCUCUCAAAAUUUGACUUGGGGAGCAGGUAACAGCAUGGGUGCUGCUGGAGCCUCUUGUCCCUGGGGUAGCACCUCCUCUUCCUCGUCGUCCUCCUCAACGUCUUCAAACACUGGCACUAAAGUCUCGAGUGGGGAGUGGGGCGCAUUGCCCAGCAACAAUCAGCAUUCCAAUGAUGGCACAAGCGGGAGCAGGAAGGGAACAAAUGGGUGGAAGUCCUUGGAAGAUGACGCUCUUGGGAUAGGGAGCGGUGGUCAGUCGUCCCAAGGCAGCACAUGGAACAAAUCCACAGGCAGCGAAGGAAGUGGGGAAAGCUCGGGAACUCAUAGUGAGAAGGAUGGACAACGUAAUGGCAAUCGCAGGAGGGGCAACCAGCAGAGUUUGAUACAAACAGCUCUCUCUAGAACUGAUAUGGACCCAAGGGUGCUAUCCAACCAAGGAUGGGGACAGACCCCAGUCCGGCAAAACACUGCCUGGGAUGUAUCCAGCUCUGAGAAGAAGGCUGGAAAUGGGUCACAAGGAUGGGGUAGUGCUUCCCCCCAAAUGUCAAGCUCCCAAAGUGGAUGGGGAGACUCACCCAGCACCAACACUAACAAUGCUGGUGCAUCUGGUUGGGGCGAACAGAAGCCCACCUCUGGUUGGGGGGAGACCAAAGCUCAGAAUGGCUGGGAAGAUUCUUCAGCCGGAAUGAACAAAGGUAAUUCAUCUUGGGGUAACUGUAAGGAUGACAAAUCCUCUUCCUGGAGUAAUGGACAAAAGACAAAACAGAGUUGGGGUGGCUCUUCUGGAGAAGGAUGGGGUGGGGAAGGUUCAAGAGGGAACCACUGGGUGGAGCCGCAGAAAUCUGGAUCUGGAGGUUGGGAUAGCGACAGUGACCGCUCCGGUUCAGGAUGGAAUGAGGCCGGGCGCUGUAACACAAACAACACUUGGGGUGGAAGUGGGAGCACUAACACUCCUGACCAAGGUGGUCAGUCAGCUGGAUGGGGAGAUUCUGUAAAGACUAACAAUCAGAACCAAGGCUGGGGUGAGCCAAUCAAACAAAGUCACUCCAACCCAGCCUGGGGUGAAGCUACAAAAUCCAGCAACCAGUCAGAGUGGGGAAAAGGCCAGGAUGCCAACGCAGGGACGUUCAGGGCAGGAAAUGGUUCUCAAACUGGAGCCAAAAACAAGCCAACUGGAUGGCUGGGAGGUCCCAUGCCUGCUGCUCUGAAAGAAGAAGAGCCGACAGGUUGGGAAGAGCCAUCUCCUGAAUCUGUCCGGCGCCGGAUGGAGAUUGAUGAUGGCACUUCUGCAUGGGGAGAUCCAAGCAAGUACAGCUACAACAGUGUGAACAUGUGGAACAAGAAUAACUCUGCGGAGCAGGAUAUUUCGCAGCAAAAACCACCUCCACCAGCCCCAAGCUCCAUGGGGCAAAAAGAGAAGAGCUGCAACUCAGGUUGGGGAGAGCCGUAUGCAGGGCCUCAAAAGGCGGAGUCCUCAUCGUGGGCGGAGCCUGCGGUGGACAUUGGCACGUCUGCGUGGGGAAAGCCGAUGGAUUCUGGGUCGAGCUGGGAGGAACCAGGAAGAGAGAAAACGGGGAAUGGGUGGAGCUCCCAAUCACAGCACAAACCCGGACCGAAGCCUGUGCAGAGCAGCUGGGAUGGUGAGAUGGCAAUGCCUGCUCCCUCUAAUUGGGAGGAGGAGGAGGAGGUGGAGAUCGGCAUGUGGAAUAACAACACACCACAGGAAGUGAAUCAGUCAGGAAACUGGUCCUACUCGAAGAAGGUCCCUCCUAAGAUGAACAAAGGCCCCGGGAAGCCUGACGAUCCAUGGAUGAACCAGUUUGUGAAGCAGUUCAACAGCAUGAAUUUCCCUAGGGAUUCUGAAGACUCCAUGAAGAGCAAUAAAAUGGACAUGCCUGCAGCAAUGAUGGAUAAGAGGAUGGAUGUGGAUAAACACAACGCGAGCAUGCCAUCAGCCUCACGCCACCCAAUCCACAAAGAUCCGCCACCCAUCGAUCGCAAUUCGUACAUGGAGAAGAAUGUUAACAUUUACGGUGGUGGAAACGCAACAGCACAAGGCCGAAACUCCCAGCAGCCUCCAGCACAACCUCUGAACUCGACUCAGUCCAAUUUACGCAACCAAGUGCCUCCUCCACUGCUCCCCUCUCAGGUCCCUCCAUCGCUGUUGAAGUAUACACCCAAUAAUACAGGUCUGAAUACGAUCUUUGGCCCUCAGCAGAUGGCUAUGCUCAAUCAGCUUUCCCAGCUCAACCAGCUCUCUCAGCUCAAUCAAAUAAAUCAGCUGCAGCGUCUUCUCAUUCAGCAGAAAGCUCAGAAUCAGAGGGUCAUGACUGGCAACAACCGCCAAGCCCAAGAACAACAGGUCCGUGGCUUUCCUGCAGGUGCCAUGGUCCCGCCCCCUCGUCAUGUGGAUCCUUCCCUGCUGAAGCAACACUCCCCCCCACAGCCUGCCGCACUGCACCAGCCCAAACCAUACAUGGACAACUUCAUCAGCCUGAACACACCUGACCUGCACAAAGAACAACACACACUCAACUCUUUUACCAACUUCCCUUUAGGCUUGGCCUCAAACUUGAAUGUAAACAAUCCUGAUCUUGGUAGUGUUGGGUUCAAAGAGCCACAGUCCCGUCUGAAGAAGUGGACCGCCAUGGACGUUUCCAUUAACUCGCCACUCGAUCAAAACCCCAGCAAACCUGGUGCUAUCACCUCUCUGAGGAUUGAAGACCCUCCCUUUGGUCCGUAUGACUUUAUAAGCUCCACUAAUUCUCCCAUCAGCCCCCCUGGUUCAGUGGGAGAUGGCUGGCCCACUCGUGCCAAAUCACCUCAUGCAUCCUCUGUCAACUGGCCACCAGAGUUUCGUCCCGGUGAGCCAUGGAAAGGUUACCCGAACAUCGACCCCGAGACUGACCCGUUCGUCACUCCUGGCAGUGUGAUUAACAACCUCUCUAUUAACACAGUGCGGGAUGUUGAUCACCUCAGGGACAGGAACAUUGGGCCAUCCUCAUCACUAAACACCACGCUGCCUUCCAACAGUGCCUGGACAUCCAUUCGUGCCUCCAACCACAGCAGUUCCCUCAGCAGUACAGCACAAAGCACUUCAGCCAGAAACAGCGACUCUAAAUGGUCUCCUGGUUCAGUGUCUAACUCUUCUUUAGCUCAUGAGCUGUGGAAGGUUCCUCUGUCAUCUAAAGGCGUCUCAGCUCCGUCCCGUCCCCCGCCCGGCCUCACCGGGCAGAAACAGCCCUCCUCCUGGGGCAAUGGCUCUCUGAGACUUGGUGCCUGGGGCAGUUCUGAACCCAGAUACACCCCAGGGUCCAGCUGGGGUGAAAGCAGCUCAGGGAGAACCAACUGGCUUGUUCUCAAAAAUCUCACACCUCAGAUUGAUGGCUCCACCCUGCGUACUCUGUGCAUGCAGCAUGGUCCACUCAUCACAUUCCACCUGAACCUGCCACAUGGAAAUGCUCUCGUCUGCUACAGCUCGAAGGAGGAGGCGUCAAAGGCUCAGAAAUCACUGCACAUGUGCGUGUUGGGGAACACUACUAUCCUGGCUGACUUUGCAAGUGAGGAGGAGAUAAAUCGUUUUUUUGCACAAGGCCAGUCGAUGUGCGUAUCUGCAGGCUGGCAGGCGCUAGCGUCCUCUCAAAGCCGGCUCUCGUCAGACGCCUUUUCCAGCGGCAGCAGUGGGGGUGAGCUGCACUCGUCCUCCUCUCUGUGGGGGGCACCGAGCUACUCCAGCAGCCUGUGGGGAUCCAGCACCUGCCCUGAGGGGAGCAGUCGGCUCAGCAGUCCCUCCCCCAUUGCCUCCUUCCUGCCAGUGGAUCACAUGACAGGAAGUGGCGACUCCAUGUAAUGCAUCAAAACACAACAGAAAAACAAACCCUGUGACCUCAGCGUGGCAUAGCUCAUCCGAAUCAUGACUAUAUAGAUUCUUUAUGGAGAAAAAAAAAAAUCUAAAGGCACUAGUUUCUUCACUUACAAGCAUAAUAAUAUUAAUCAUAAUAAGGCGGGGUCAACCUGUGGAAGUAAGUUACGACUUUUUCUCUCUUUUGUUUUUUCCUUUUUUUUUUCUUCUCUGCACAUAUGUCCACUUUGUUUUAGCCCAAAAACAAAAACAUAUCAGUGUGAAUACUUGAAUCAUGCAGGCCAAUACGAUAAUGUGAAAGGAUGCGUUUUAAACCUUCCAGGUCGUGCUCUUCAUGCAGACAUACAGGAAAAACUAAAUCUUUCAGCUUAUUCAUGUUUAUCAGAAUUCCAGUUCUUUUAUUUUUAAUUUUUUUUUAUGUGUGUUUGUUUGCUGACAAUGUUUAAGCCUUUUUUUUUUUUUUUUUUUUUUUUUUUUUUUUUUUUAACUUUGCACUGAAUGUGGUUUUUCUCAGUAUAUAACUCUGCAAUAUCGAGGGAGCCGACAGUUCCAGUGUAGAUGUUUACUCAAGGAUGUUCUUAAAAUGCGUCUGUGUGUGUGUUUGCGAGAGUGUGUGUGUAUGCGUGCGUGUGCAUGUAUGUGUGCGCUCUACUAUGCCUUGACGUACGCCUACCUUAUCGUGGUAUUGUGGAGUCCGAGAUCAAGAUAAGAUGCUGACCUUUAGGAUUACCUGAUGGUGAUAUUACACGUUAAAUGAGUAUUGCACCGAUUUAUCUUUCUUUUUUUGUGUGUGUGUGUGUGUUUUAAAAGAAAACUAAAGAAUUUAGCAUUCUGCAGUCUAAAGAAACUGUAGCCACAGCUGUGACUCGCAAAAAAAAAAACAAAAAAAAAAAACAGCACUUUGAGGAUAGGCUUUCGAUUACUUUGGUCUUUUUGGAGGCGCCACAUCGGGUUCCUCUUGUUUACAGACUUUCGAGGGGGGAAACGUACGCUCAUUCUUCCUUCAUUUUAAAUGAGAAACAAAAAUGCACAAAAACCUUUAAAAAAAAAAUUAUAAAAUGAAGAGAAAAAAAUAAAUAAAAAUAUAUAUAAAAUAAAUAAAAGUUGAGAAAAAAAAAAACCUACAGAAACCGUUGUGGAUGAAGACGAUGCGGUGUAUCUCUGGGAAAUACUGAUCAGUGUUCGGCCAUGCCGUCGGUUAUUUGAUGUAUUCCUGUCGUCUGCUCAAUAACCAGCAUGGUUCUCAGGAAAUAUAGCCAGUUUUUCCCCUCAAAUAAAAACUCCUAAUUGUAGGAAAAAUCAACUUUUAGCACUGAAACGACUACUUGGAGCUGAGUGCGUUUAUUUCUCUGCCAAAUACCUGCUUUAAGCUGGAGACAUUCUACACACCGCGCUCAUCACCUGCCCCACUCACUUCCUAAUCUCUAACCAGAAGUUCUACUACUCUUUUAUUUUUGCUCAUCUUCUCUUCUUAUUGCUCUUUUGAUUUGUUUGGUCUUCGCGCCCCCCCCACACACUGUGGUAUUGAAUCCCGAACCCCCCCACCCCCUCGCUUUAAUCUUCUAAUCCUCCUUUACUUCUUUUGAUUUUAAUUCCUUCAUUUUCCCCCCUACACCUUUACUCGUAUUCUACCGUUUUUUUUUGUUUGUUUGUUUGUUUUUUUCCACCCCUUAUUGUCUCAUUGUUCUUCUCCCCCUCAGUGUUCGAGUGUGGUUUAAAAGGAAAGAAAAAGCAGAAACUAUGCAUUUCCUGUAGCUCUGUGACGGAAUUGCUUUUUCUUUAUUUAAGCUGAAGUUUUCCCAAAAGGCAUUUUGAAAAGCUGGUUGUAGAUUAGCCUUCAUUUUUCAGCAUUGCCACAGAGGGGGCAGUGUUAGUUGAACUUUUAACGUCAUCUGCAUUUCAUUAAACGUGUUUUUUGGGGUUUUUGUUUUUGUCGUUUUCCCGAAGAUGAUGCAACACCGUGGCUUUUUAACUGUUUACAAAUCGAGUAUGAUUGUAACGUGUACAGGUCUCUGAAGUUCUUUUACAAUAUGGAUCAAUCUGGCUGCUCAUGUCAUUACUCUUAUCAUUAUCACUAUUAUUAUUAUUAUUAUUAUUAUUAUUAUUAUUAUUAUUGUGUGUUCCCUUUGGUUUCUCAGCGCUGGUGUGUGUCUGUGUGUGGACAGCUGGAGCCUCUGAUUGUGCCCUCAGAGGGGAAUGUAACCUAAACACACGCGUUACUCAUGUACAUAACCAUAUAGCGCGUUGUUGAUGCACAGAGAUGUCAGCAUUAGGCGAAGCCAUGGACCUUAAUGUGUGUGUAAGCUGUUUCUGCUCCCCAUUGCGUGUAUGUGUGCUUGAGAGAGAGAGAGAUCCAUGUUUAAACCCGUGAGUAUUAGCCUUUAUUUUGCGACUGUAUGCUGCGUGUGCCAGUAUUGAAACUUUUUAAUAACCGCUUUACCAAAUCGACUUUAAUCAAAAGCUUCUGCGCUGAAUGAUUCCACGUUUCCAUUUAAAAAAAAAAAAAAAUUAUAAAGUCAACAAAAUGCCUUGCGAUUGCACUUGGUGUGUUCAGUCACUGAUUUAAAGUGUUUGAUAACACAGAGUGUAGCUGUGGAGAGUGAGAGGAGGAUUAUACUCUGUGUGCGUGUAUGUGUCCAUUUACAUUCUAACUGUGCCCUCCUAUAAACACACUUACUUUGUGUGCUCCGUGUGUGUGUGUGUGUCCAGUCCCUGGGGAUACUGUUCCCCUUCACACACGCACACUUCCUUGAUGUGUGGUGCUCCAAACCUGUGUGUGUGUGCAUGCAGCUGUCCGUUACACAUCACCCAAGUGUCCAUGACUACAGUACUCUUAUUUAGCGUUUGCAAUGUGUGUGUGUGUUUGGUUGAGGGGAAAAUGCUCAACAAAGAACACGCAUCUGCCUAGGGAGGAAUUUUCUGUGUUUUCUCUUAUAAUAAUGCAGACUUGAUGAUUGAGUGUUGGUGCUGGUUUGUUCAGUGUGUGCAUUUGUGUUUCACUUCCUCUUCAUGUUCAUGUAUUGUUCAGUCUGUCAGACUCUGUGCAGUGUUACUUCCACUUCACAUGUCCAUUUCUGAGUUUGUGCUUUGUUUUGUGCACGCGUGUGGUUUCUGCCCAUCUCGUCUUCACUGUACAUGUGAAUGAACAACCACGGAUCUUCCUGGACUCCCCGUCCUAGUACACACACACACACACACACACACACACACACUUCCUUUUAAUGUGUAUUGUUCCUGUGUGUGUUUCGCCACGGUCUCCGUUACACUCAUUACACUCUAACUACAUGCGUCCAUUACUACACUGCUGUUUAUCCGCCUAGUAUAUUUUUGUGUGCGUUAACAUGGGGAAAAAAAUCCUCUCUGAGCUUUAACAAUGGUUCUGAUUUGCGCUCGUUUAAACCCUUCAACUUGUUGACUGAAAUAGAAGGGGGGGCGGGGGGGGCUUUAGCCACUGAGUUUCUUUCAUUUUCAUUUUGUCCUCUUGUAUAUGUGAUGUUUAUGUAUGAACAAGAAAACAGUUCUGUAAUCCACUGUCAUGCCAAAUCUAGGGAGAGAGUGCAGGAGGAAAGGGAGUACUCUUUAAAAUCUGGAGUGUGUGUGUGUGUGUGUGUUUAUGCUAACUGGAUGGCAACGUACAAUCCCCAUAAUGCAUAAUGGCAGCCGGGUAAAGGGGGGUGGGAAGGGGUGUAAUCUGGCAUAGACAUUCUACUUUUGUACUGAAUGAUUUUGUUUCUAAUUGAUCCUGUGAGCGAAUCAUCGCAGUGUGUGUGUGGUGGUUAUUUUUUUUUUUCCUUCUUUUUUUAAAAAAUAUCGUUCCUACUGUUUGCAAUUUUCGACUUUAAACUGUGAGAGCGUCUCGCCAUCGGUUGUUGUCGUUCCGAUUCUCGAUUGACAAAACCCUAAAAGCUUUAGAAAAAAAACCAGCACAAAGAGGCCGAACGAGAAACUCUUCCACCCUGGAGAACAUUCGGAGAACGUCUAUGCAGCGAAGGACGAGGCUUCCAUUAAAAUAAUCUGUGUUUAUUCUUAAUAAUAAAUAAAAUAUAAUGAUCCCAAGUGGAAUUUAAGGCUUUUCUUUUUAAAUGAAUAAAAUCCUUCAAACGCACGUGCCAUGACUGACAUCCAUUUUUUUUGUGUUUUCUUCUCCAAAAAUCAAGCGGGCCAGUUGUAGCAGACUUUGGAGCAUUAUUAGUGUUAUUGUUACUGUUAAAUAUUAAUUCAGCGACUUCAUGACACUCCUCAGCAGCAAAAAUGUAAAAAUGUACAAAAAAAAAAAGUUUUUAAACUGAAAAUACACCAUUCUGGUUUUAUGCUCACACAAUGCGCGCAUCCUCGAUAUGCACACUGCUUCGCUAGGACUGUUUUGAAAAAUACAAAGAUUUAAAAGCGUCGCAGAAAUGACAUGAGUGAGCAGGAGGUCUCCUCAGCUUUCCUGCAGUCGUCUUUAGCGUCAAUGUGUUUUAGUUUGGGGGAAACUGCACUUUUUGAAGGACAAUCCUUAUUUGUAACGGUCAUUAUUAACAAUAUUUAGUCAAUGAAUAAUAACAAGAACACAAGGUAGAGACUCUUGUAGUGAUGAAUGUUUCCUCUAUAAUGCUGUUUUUAUUUUCUCUUUGUUGCUUGGUUUUUGAUUUUAGUGCCCGGUUUAAGUGGAAUAAAUCUGUAGAGUAGGUUUUUAGCUUUCUUUUUUUUUUUCUUUUUUUUUUCUUUUUUUUGUUGUUGCCUCUACUUGUAGACUGAUUAACUGUUUGUAAUGUUCUGAUCUUAAUAUCAGAAUACAAAGCUGUAUAAACCCGGGUACAACCCGCAAUAAAUAAAUAAAAAGUCUAACAUGGAA